AAACUUCCCAAAUUGACCCAAGAAUUCCAGAUCGGCAAUACACACUUGCACUUCACCUGUUCGACAAAAUGCUUCAAACGGGUGCUUCUGUAGAUCACUGCACCUUCAAUAUUGCCAUCGAUUGCUUCUGCCGACUGAAAAGACCUGAUUUUGGAUUUGCUAUUUUAGGCAGUUUCUUCAAGCGUGGGUAUAAGCCUAAUGUGGUCACUUUUACCACUCUCAUCAAAGGGCUUUUAUUGGUCAGAAGGAUCCCAGAGGCAGCAAAGCUGUGUUGGAGGUUGUCUGCGGAGCAACUGUGCACUCCCGAUGAAUAUACGUAUGCUACUAUGCUUAAUGGGUUAUGCAAAGCUGGAGGUACUUUUCAGGCACUUGAAUUGCUUAGUCGAUUGGAAAUGGGAAACUACAAACCUAAUGUUUAUGCUUAUAGCAUAGUUAUUGAUGGCUUGUGCAAAGAUAGAAAGGUUGACGAUGCUCUCCAACUCUUCUCCACCUUGGGUGAUAAGGGGAUUUCACCCAAUGUUGUGACAUAUAAUUCAAUAAUUGAGGGGUUAUGCAAUCAUAGUAGAGGAAGAGAGGCUGAAGACAUGUUAAGGAAGAUGAUAUCGAAUAAAGUCUUCCCAAAUGUGGUCACUUGUAGUAUUUUUGUAGAUGCUCUCAGCCGAGAGGGAAGGAUGGAAGAGGCUGAGCAUAUGCUGGUCAAGAUGAGGGAAAUUGAUGUUCAACCCGACAUUGUAACAUACAGUGCGCUGAUUAAUGGAUAUUGUUUACAGGGUGAAAUGGAUAAGGCUAGAAACAUUUUCCAACUAGCAAUGAAAUCCGGCAUCAAGCCUGAUGUUACAAGCUACAGUAGUUUGAUGAACGGGUACUGUAAAAUAGGACGAAUUGAUGAGGUUUGUCAUCUUUUUACCAUGAUUCGGGCCAAAGGGUUGAAGCGCGAUGUCAUUUCUUACAACAUAAUGUUGGAGGCUUUAUUUCAUGAUGGUCGAUGUGAAGAGGGCUUGAAGUUGUUCAAAGAGAUGGAAGCUCUACAAGUUUAUCCUAAUACAACAACUUAUGGAGUCUUGUUACAUGGUUUGUGCAAUGCUCAUCGUAUUGAUGAAGCAUUAUCCAUGUUAUAUACCAUGGAAAACAAAGGUUGCUUGCCUAAUGUUGUGAUAUAUACAAUUCUUAUUUUUGCCCUGUGUGAAGAAGGGCGGAUAGGAGAGGCUAAGGAUUUGAUGGUGCAAAUGGUGAUCAAGGGGUGUUGGCCCAACAAUGUGACUUACAAUAUUUAUGUUCAAGCUCUUCUCAAAAGGAGCAAGAUGGACGAUGUGAUUCUUGUCUUGAAAGAGAUGAUUGCAAGAGGGGGAUGCACACUUGGCGCUACCACUUUUAGGAUGCUGAUUGAACCUCUACGAAGGGAAGGCAAAGAUAGUGUUUUAUUUGAUUUGGUUAAGAAACUGUUACCAAAAAAGUUAUAGGCUAAUCUAGUUGGAUGUUAUGUUGUGGUACUAGUUAGUAUUUUAAUAGAUAGUUUGGAGUGUAAAAGAGUGUAAAAGUUCUUAUUUGGUUGUUAAAAUAUAAGAACACGAGAAACUAAGGAAAAUAAUUCAGGAUCAA